AUGAAGAAGAUCGAAAAAACCAUCAAUCGCAUCCGAGCGAGAGCUUCGGCCUCGCGAGAGCGCAUCCGCGGGAGCAUUUCGGCCACACGCAACCGCAUCAAAGAAAAGUAUUCCGCUAUGCGUAAGUCUAACAAAGCAACAACUUCGGCGACAGUCCCCGACCCAGUCUCAGAGGCAGUUCCGGCGGCUUCGGAGGUCCAAAACGAGUCUGACCAAGCCAUUGAGCUAGUCCCGACAUCCCAGAAGAUGGCUGAGACAUACAUGUAUUCCGAUACCCCUCUUUGCUAUGUCGCCCCUUACACCGAUGUCAACUUCAAGGAAAGGACUUGGUUGUCAUUUGGCGCGGACUGGCCAUCGUUCGAGAACCGAUUUGAUGAAGACAUGAGAAGACAUCCUCCAGAGAUGAUUGUGAACCGAAGCAGCCAGUGCCCAUUCGAUUGGCUGCCGCUGAACGUCCGCGCGAAGAUAUGGAAGUAUGCCUUCGGGGACACCAAGGAAGCCAUCUUUCUCACAAAAGAUGGGAUCGCACCGAGGAGCCCAUGUUCCAUGCGAUUUGUAUCGUGGGAAUGGAUGUCAGAAACUUGGUUUGCAUGGGUCAAUUCAAUGAGCAAUCGAACUCUGGUGAUAGUGGACUUCCCGCGGCACGCCUACCUUAGCCCACCCUGCCCAAUUCUUCGAGAUUUGUCGACAAUCCGCCUCCGCGCCCUCAAGCUCACUCUGGGAGACAAGGACGCCAAUAAGGCCGCGAAGAGGAACCGGGAAUUUCUGAGGUUCGUCUCAAAGCAUCGAGACGACGGAUUUGUCACCGCUCGCACGUUGAUAAUCGAAUUGCGAAAGAACUGGACAGCGGGCGGCCUUACUGAUGAGGAUAUCGGCUCCCUUCUGGCGUGCGGUGCCUUCGCUCACUUUGAGCGCAUCCGUAUUCACGGAUGGAUCACAAGUGAGAGUUUGGACCGGCUUCUGAAGCGAGCCAGUCAAAUGGCACAAGCCGCGCUCCGACGGUUGCCUUCCUCUGAGCCCGAGACCGGGCUGUAA